UUUCUGACUAACUUUAUUCGUGUGACGAGCGCGCGCGAGCGCAUCUCCCGGGAAAGCGCACAGGAGAUUUCCGCAGGUUUUCACCGCGUCUAGUUUACAAAAUGACACUCAGAUAGACCGAACCGAAUGCGAGGAAGGUGGAUCAGAUCCGCGAAUUCUGAACGCUCAAAGGAAACGGUUUGCUUAGUAUCGUAGCCUAAUUUAAUGAGCACGCGACAGCGAUGACAGAACUUGAAUCCAAGUCAUGGAGCGCGUAACUGUGUUUCCGGAGCAGACGUCCAGUCAGCUCAAGGGUUUGUUUGGCAGAGAUGGGCUCAGUGACCUCAGCUUUCACCAAGUCUCGCAACACUCUGGUCAAAGUUGGUUUGGAGCCGCAGAAAGAGCCGGACGGGAAAGCGCGGAGUGGGUCUCGUGUGAUCGGAAAGCAAACUAGCAAACAACCGCUGGCUCGGAAAACAACCGACAGCUGCAGAGCACACACUCCACAAACCCCUACCUCUGCAACAGUGGCUAAUGAAGAUGGUAAGACCAACAGCAGGCCACUGGCGAGAUUUGCACGCUCAAAGUCUCAGAGUGCACUCUGGAACACGCUCACUGCUGGGACGGGCAAGAAGGAGAAGGUCAAAUUUCAGAGGGACAUUCCAGACGAUCCACACAGAAUAGAAGAGAUCCUGGCAGAUGAGCUUCCCUCUACAGACAUCCCAGAAGCAACCGAGAAAACUGCCGUCAGAUUACGAUGCUUGGUAAAACAGUUGGAGAGGGGAGAGGUGUCUCUCGUAGACCUGAAGAAAAACCUGGAAUAUGCUGCAACUGUUUUGGAAUCAGUCUAUAUUGAGGAAACAAGGCGAUUGGUCGAUACCGAGGAUGAGCUCAGCGACAUCCAAUCAGAUUCUGUGCCGUCAGAGGUCCGUGAUUGGCUGGCCUCCACCUUCACGCGGCAGAUGGGGCUGAUGCUGCGACGGACGGAAGAGAAACCGCGAUUUCGCAGCAUCGUACAUGCAGUGCAGGCUGGGAUAUUUGUGGAGAGAAUGUACCGGAGAACCUCUAACAUGGUGGGACUGAGUUACCCUCCGUCUGUCAUAGCUGUGCUUAAGAAUGUGGAUAAGUGGUCUUUUGAUGUAUUUGCUCUGAACGAGUCGAGUGGUGACCACGCUCUCAAAUUCAUCUUUUACGAGCUCCUCACUCGAUAUGACCUCAUCAGCCGCUUCAAGAUCCCUGUCUCAGCACUCGUCUCAUUUGUGGAGGCUCUUGAAGUGGGUUACAACAAACAUAAAAACCCCUACCACAACCUGAUACACGCAGCCGACGUCACUCAGACCGUGCACUACCUGCUCCUCAAGACGGGGAUGGUGCACUGGCUGACGGAGUUGGAGAUCUUUGCGAUGCUUUUUGCUGCUGCCAUCCACGACUACGAACACACCGGGACCACAAACAACUUCCACAUCCAGACCAGGUCGGACACAGCCAUCCUGUACAACGACCGCUCUGUGCUGGAGAGUCAUCACGUGAGCGCGGCGUAUCGGCUGCUGCAGGACGACGACGAGAUGAACAUCCUGUACAACCUCUCCAAAGAUGACUGGAGAGAGCUCAGGGCGCUCGUGGUCGAGAUGGUUUUGGCCACUGACAUGUCCUGCCACUUUCAGCAGGUCAAAGCCAUGAAGAAUUUCCUCCAGCUGCCCGAGGGAAUUGACAAACCCAAGGCUCUGUCUUUGCUGUUACACACAGCUGACAUCAGUCAUCCAGCUAAGAACUGGGAUCUACACCAUCGCUGGACUACUUCACUGCUGGAAGAGUUUUUCCGACAGGGUGAUAAGGAGGCAGAACUUGGUCUACCUUUCUCCCCUCUGUGCGACCGUAAGUCCACUAUGGUGGCUCAGUCCCAGAUAGGUUUCAUUGACUUCAUCGUUGUUCCCACAUUUACGGUUCUGACGGAUAUGACCGAGAAGAUCGUCACGCCGCUCAUCGAAGAGGCCACAAGUUCAGGCCUGGCUAGUUUCCGCAGUAUUAGUGCGGGAGAUGAGAAGCGGGGCAGUGUGAACAGCUCUGGUUCUGACAGCAGCGGAUCUCAUAACUGCUCGCUGCUCACUGUGGACCUGAAGAACUUCAAGAGCAUCUGGAACGAGGAGGUUUCUCUGAACAGAGAACGGUGGAAGACGCAGGCAGCUAAAGAGACGGAAGAGAAGGCCAAACGAGAGCAGGAGGAACAUCAGGAGGCAAUGGCAGAAAACCAGGAGCACAGAAAAGACCCAGAGCUGUCGGGACCAAAGAAAGAGCAAAGGGUGGGAGAGGACGACCCGGAGCCAGGGGGGUUAAACAAACCCUCUGAAGAAAGCCCCCGUGAGAAAUCAAAGAAAGAAGAGGCACAUCAGAAAUUACAGAACGGAGAAGUGUCUGAAGAGGCAGAAUCCCCAGCAGAUGAACAUAAGAGAGCACUCAGUGAAACUGCAAAUGCCUAGAGUGACAUCCAUUGGCGUCUUGAUGUCCGAUGUCAGACACAGAGCAGUGAAUUUACCAUCAGGACAGUGCUCAGUUCUGAAGAUCCAUGGCGCCCUCUAGAGGAUGCAGCUAAUGCUUACAUCACUUUGUUCUCCGGCCUCUAUCCCCUCCAAAGCUGCCAUUAUCUCCAGACUUUCAUAAGACUCUCUCUCUGAAUCUCUCUGAAUGAUGAAGGACAUAACGGACGAGAUACAGCAAGCUGCUUUUGUCUGGUCUGUUUUAUUUACAGAAGCAGAUCUCAUUUCCUUCCCAAACCUUAGAGUGCAAUGGAUGCAUCCACUAAGAAAAGCAUGCAGCAGCUGAAACGAUGCCAUCGAAUGUUAGGAUUCUUAUUAAAACCUCCAUUUCAAAUGCUGUCUAUGUUUUUCCGCAUUUGAGCGGCCUUGCAGGCAGAUGACUUGGUUUGUGUGUAAAGCUCAAACUGUGAUUUCGAUCUAAUAUAUAUAUAUAUAUACAUAUAUAUAUAUAUAUAUAUAUAUAUAUAUAUAUAUAUAUAUAUAUAUAUAUAUAUUAUGUGGCCUGCAGUAAACUGUAAAUACCUAAUCUUAGCAGUAGUUGCACCCGUGAACAAUAUUCAGCUUUUGCGACCUGCAGCGAUGUUGUGUUCAGCUAUAAUAAAUGCGCUUUACCUGACACGCGUUUGUUUGCCUCAUCUGCUAAUAGAGGUCGCAUAUAUUAAACCCUGAAUAUGUGUAUUCCUAUUGUAAAUGACUGUCUGCGUUUAGAUCAGAGCUUUUAUAACUGGAGAAAAGCCGUAUGAAGUGGCAGUAUUUGAGCACGUCUGUGUGCUGCUGUGGAGUAGAAAACCUAAGAUUUGACCUUCUCUCGCUUACCUUCGGAUGCCUUUCUUCAUGUAGUCUUUCUGAAAGCGAACCGAACUGAAACGCUCACACACACAAACUAGCAGUCACCGUAGACAAUGUAAGACUUAUAAUUGACCGUAGUCGUGUGUAAGUCAUAACCAUAUCACUGUGCUCGCUCUGCAAUACCUGCAUAUUACGUCGUAUGUCAUUUUUACCAGUUUCCUGGGGAGUCUGUGACACGUUUUUCUCUGUCCUUUGAGCAUGUUAUCUCAAGAUAUCUGAAGAGAGCAUGUCCAGGUCAUGUUUCACCCCAAAAUCAAACAUAAACAAAUAGGAAAUUACAUUUUGCAUGACAGAAAGAACCCAAUUUUUAAAGAAAUGUGGAAUAGAGAAAUAUGAUUACAUUAUAUAAAUGAGCAUAAAUGAAAGGUAAUAAAACAGGGGCAGUACAUUUUUUUAAUAUAUAUUUUUGUAAGAAUAUCCCUUAUGCUCACCAGGGUUGCAUUUAUUU